AUGAUACGAAAGUUCUCGCUGCAGAAAGCAAUAGCCAACACCUGCUUGCAUUCUCAUCGUCGAAUAGUAGUGUCUAAUAAGACCAGACAAUCCCAUGAUGAUCGGAAAGGAUCAAGAAAUUACCAUCAUGAUCAGAGAAAAUCAAAUCAAAAUUCUGGAAACAAUGAAAAAACAAAUUCUCGUUUCUUCUUCUCAUCAUCACCCAAUCCAAAACAAAUGUUGCGAUUGGGACUUUAUCUCGUUCCUGCAUUUGCACUUUAUCAACAGUUAAUAACACCAACACAGAAAGAUCAAAAGGACAUUCUUGAUGAAUUAUCAAGUACAAUGUCCGAAUUAAAACAAUGGGAAAAGAGGCUCAUGGAACUUGAAAUGAAUGAUCGAGAUGAUGAAGCCUCUGAAAAUAUGCAACCAGAACAAGGAAUGUAUGGAUUAAUUCCCGAUGAUGAGGAAGGCUCUCAUGAGCCUCAUUAUCGUUUUAUUUCAGCUAAAGAACGAAAAUAUGCUUCAAUAUACGAUGAGCUAAGACAUAUCAUUCUAGUCAUUCAUUCUAAAACCAAAGAGCUUAAUGCAAGUAUUAAAUCGUACGGAUUUGUACAAGACGAGAAACUACUCACACAAUUAAUGGCAAUCAUGAGAGGUGUUUUAUUGCUCAAUUUAAACAAGAGUACAAUUCUUCAUUCAUGCCCAUUUCCAAACGCCCUAUGGCAAAUGAGUUUAAAUUUAGAAAGUAUACAUUAUACAUGCUUGGAAACUCUCAUUUCUGUCUCUGAAAAUAAGGAUUUUCAUUUAAAUAUCUUGAAGAGCAGCGAAAAGUUGAGUGAAAACUCUCAAAUAUCGAUUGGAAGUGAUAAUAAUGACUUGUCGUUUUAUGAUAAGGCAAUUUCAGAAAUUUGUUCGAAUGGUCUCUUGGGUCCUAUAUUCAACUCGAUCAUGUAUGAGAAGAGUCCUGCAAUUCAAAGAAAAGCACGCUACUUAUUGGAUGUAAUUUCGAAUAGAGAGAUAUCUCAUGAACCUCUCAUGCAUCGCUUGGAUACAUUCAAAUAUUUGGUUGAUUCAAUGAAACCAGAAAAUGAGUUGAUUACAGCGUUGGUCAUUUCUAGAAUGUAUUCGAAUCCAUCACUUUUCAAAACACUCUCUCUACACCAAAAUUUACCUUUCAUUAACAUGCUACAAAACAUGUACUCGAGUGGUCAUGACGAAAAGGUGAAAAAGCUUUGCGCUAUUGGAUUAAUGAUAGCGAAAGGGAAAAAGUCUGAAACUACUUAUUUGAAAGAGGAAGAGCGCUCAUUUACAUUGGAGAAUCAUUUGGAAUAUUCCAAACAGCUACUCAUGCUUUCACUUUUUGGACUGUUAUUUCGAUCUUCCUAUUUCAUUUUCAACUAUCGACUUCUCUCAAAUGUUCCUUACUAUUUGCUGCUCUCCAUCGCCAUUGGUGAGACUUUAAAAAUUGAAAAAACACUCACCGAAGCAAAAUCAAAUUAUGGAUGGUUGCAUGUGGCUAGCACAUUUGCCAUUGCUACAGCCGUGUCACAACUUCAGGCUGGAACAUUGCGAAUGAUAUUACUGCCCUAUCUGUCCGUUUAUUUCUUGGGAGGGUUGAGUUUGGACAGUGGCAAAUUGGCGCACCAACGAUCACCUCCAAUCGCCUUUUCGACUUCUUCCUUUUUGUAUUUGGAUGAUAUCACCGUUGAGCACCUCACUAAGAAGUGGAACAGAAUCUUUUCAAAGGAGCGCUAA